AUGUCUACAAUUGUCGCCCGCAGUGUCUUGCUAGAGCAAUUACAGCCGUCAAUAUGUUUACUUCGUUUGCUUGCUGAGCGGCCGGCCAAUCUCGAUGAGCUGGUUGCUAAUAACAAGAAAACCUCUUCCGAGACAAGUAGCUCCAGCGACGCUGAGAGUGGAGAAGAUGACCUCGUAGAGGGCGUGGACGAUGUCGAGAAUAUCAGCUCUGAGGAAGUGGAGAAGCGAGACCUCCAAGAAUUGAGGAACAAAGUCCUCGACCGGCUGGCAGAAAUACUAGCAAGAUACAAGUCAGAUCGCACAGUCAAAAAAGCUCGCGUCCUCGACCCAAACCACGUGUCUAGUACGAUGAUGAUAAUGGACGAAGAAAAUAGCAAGGUCAUUAUUCUUUGUGCAAAGAAUGAAGGGUUGAAUCAGAAUAAUUCGACAGACGACACAGAUUUUCUGAGUUCUUGGAAGGCGUACAUGGAACGCAUAUCAAGUGGAGGGACUGCGGCUGGGAAUGAUAGAAUCUAUAUGCUCGACAUUAUCUUGAGUUAUCAGCACCCGCGGGUUACGUAUUAUCUAAACAAACUUAGGAAAGCGCUGAAAUUCGAAAAGCCGAUAACUUAUACAAUUCAAGAUACGCGACUCAGAUUGUCAAGGGAGUGGCUUCAAAGACUACCAAUCUUCCCCACUCGCAGUUGGAUCGACGACAACGGGAACGAAUUUCAAUUUUCUUCCGCGCCAUUUAAUGAAGCCAAAAACAUUUCCAAGGCUGCUUUGUCGGCUCAAAGUCUAAGGCAAAUCGACGACGAGGUCGACAACACUUUUAAACUCAUCGAUCAGAUUGUUUCUUUGAAUGAAAAAGAGGACUGUCGGGAUCUCCUCAAGCAGCUCUUACCCUCCUUGUUUUCUAUCUGGCGAUCUCCUAGGUUUCAAGCGUCGAUCAAAGCACAUCUAAAAGUCCGCCUUCAAGACUCACAAAAUUCGGAAAGGAGGCAAAAUGAAGCAUUUACAGCUCUAAAAUUCCUCUGUCGUAUUUAUUACAGUGUGGACGUAUUUACUGAAGCCGCUGAGACAAUGCCUAUUUUCAAGUCCGUGGAGUGUAUCCCAAUACCUCUUCCGCCAGCGAACCACACCAAGGGAGUGCAAAAUUCCGUAAGAACACAGCCUACACCACUCGAAGUAGCCGAGAACCUUGGAUUAUAUGUAAAUGGAGUUGGCUGGCUUCGACAUCUCGAAAAAAAUGUUAUCGAAGACAACAUUCGCAAACUCAGGGGAGAUAAAUGUCACGUUCACGCUGAAAUUCAGCUACUAUCCUGUCAUGCUCAAUUCCUCGAUUCGUCAAGUGGAGAUCGAAAGGUUCAUCCCUACAUCGGUUGUAGCAAGCUUUGUUGUUUACUCUGUUGGCUAUUGAUUCGGAUUCAUGGCGCUUACAGCGUUCGAGGAACCCACGAAGCCAUAAUGCAUAGGUGGACAAUCCCAGCGAUUCUUCUGGUAGAACCCUACAUCGUUGAGCAUCAACCAAUUUUGCUUGAAUUUCUCGCUCAUAUCAAAAUGUUACUGCAGAGCUUUUUGAAUCAGUCAUAUCCUUUCAGACAUCCUGGUCUCCUUGCCCAAUCAUCCGCUGCCCUUUCCACCACGGUGACCGUACUGGACAGAGAAAAAGCCCGGAUGGAAAAGUCACAGCUCAAAAUCAGACAACAAAUGAUGAUGCCUUCGGUGUUUAACGACGGCCUUCUUACAGUUGACCGCUAUGAUAAGCCAGGGUUUGUCACUAUCAUGGGAGGUUCACUCACCAAGCCGCAGGAAAUGUCGUUCGAGAAGGCAGAAAUAUACAAGGAAAAUCAUAUUCGGGUCAAGUUUGGUAUGGAGAGAAGCGAUAAGAUGCCACGAAAGCGAGGCAAAUCUAGCAAAUCAUGCCGUCUUUGCCGCAAAACAUCAAACCUUCGCUGUACCCUAUGCCGAACUACUUAUUGCUCGAGAUCAUGCCAGAAGAGUCAUUGGAGCCAGCACGUUUUUGUUUGCAGGCAGACAAAACGGCCAGCCGAGGUUGACUAUUUGAAAAUUUAUGUUAGAAAAUGGAUUCAUGCCAAGGGAGACGAGCGGAGGCAAGCUCAGACGAUUUCUGAACUAUACUCUGACGAUGAUCUUUGUAAGACGUUCGGAUUCAAUAAUUGCAUGGAGCGCGAUGAUGUUGCCAAACUUCUUUGCUUUUACUCCCACAUGAUAUCCAAAAUGGGUAUAAAGGGGUUGCAGGUGGGAGUAGACGAAGAGCUCGGUAAUUGUCUGGAAGUUAUGGCACAGCUAAUACAAUACGAGAGGAAGGAUAGUUAUCACGACUGCCCUUGCUUCGCUUGGUUCCUUCAUCGGCGGUCGUUCAUUGACUGCACAAUACCAAAUUGGGCGGGCGACUUUGCGUACCAAACAGCUGCAUUGCGACGUUUAGAGGAUACCUUCGUAGUAGAAGAACUAUGCGAUGAAGAUCGCCCUCUUUCAAGGGCAGAAAGGGACGUGGCAAACUUGUACUUCAUGUUACUCCGAGACUUCAACAAUAUCCCCGAUCCUCUAAGUUCCAACUGGCUCAAAUUUGGUUUCUGCUUUUGUACCAACCGUGCUCAAUCGAUGGGUCUUGCAAAACUUUACAUUCGAUUAGCGGAGAGCGGAGCAUCGCUGGAACAGAUUGCAAAAGCUUAUGAUGAGAAAUCGCUUCCAACUCUGAUGAAACAAAGAGGUCUUGAUAUUUCAAGUUUCCAAGCAAAUAGCAUCGAGUUCCACCCACCAGACCUCGAAGAACUCGGUAUAUAUCGUCUCAUCUCCGAGGUCAACCACACGCUCUCAGGUCAUUAUUGCCUCUGUCGUGUUACCAAAGGAUAUUGCCAUCCAAAAUUUGAAACUCAUCUAAGUGUUGAGAGCGACGGAGACUACGGAUUUCAUGGCACCAACACGUGGGAACGGUGGCAACUGUUCAAUUUCUACAAACACGUGUUCCGUCAUCCAAAUUUUAAUGCGCGAAAAAUGCAAGAGGCGAAACGACACCCGGAUAAGGAUAAGAUUGUUCAAUACCUGGACUCGCUUGUUCCUAAUUUCAAAAAGAAGAUAAGUAAUUGGGUGCUUGGAGAUGCCAUGUUCCCGAAGCUGAAGGCCGGUGUCAGUUUCCCGAAUGGUCGUCCGCCGUGUUGGUGCGUUAUGCAUGAAACCAUACUUACUGAGGGUUUGAGUUCUUUUACUUUGGAGGAUAUAUCUCAAUUGAGUGCUUCGAUGCAGGGUGAUGAAGAGGAUGGGCUCGAAAAUGGGGUGAUAGAUGUAUUGGACGAUUAUGAUUGUCCGUGGCAGGUGCGUUAUAAGUAUAGAAGAGAGCAAGACGUUCCAAUGUGGAUGGUCACCGAGUUUUAA